AUGGCGCUGCCUUUGCAACAGUCCCAUCGGAAAUUCAGGCGGGAGCAGCUGUUUGUGGGCCUGGGUCACUGGGUGAGUUGCAGAAAUAACAUCCGUGUGCAUGUACAGAGGGGGCAGCUAGGGCAGUUGCCUCCAUUAAGUCCUCUGAGUGACCUCCCCUGGGGCAUCUAAGUGGCCACCGUUGGAAAGGCAGAGCUGGACCACGUGGUCUGAUCCAGCAAAAGCAAGGAAGAUGGACAGAAAAGCGACCGGGACAUCUGCAACCGGCUUUACGUUCUUCCAUCGAGAAAUGGAAUUUGGACCCCACCAGCUGCCACACCAAGCCCCACGUGGUCUAUGCUCCGAACUUCAGAAUUUAGAGCAAUCUUAGUUAAUCUGGAAUGUCUUCUGCGCAUUCACACAUGCAUCCUGACUUGCUAGGAGCAGAGCCCACAAGAGUCAUGAAGGCUGUUAAACUGCCUCUGGCUGUCCAGCACUCGCCUUCCUGAACAUCCUUGCCUCGCGCUGUCCCCUCGGCUCAAGCCACUGCCGACAGAACUCUCCCAACCCAGCUGGCUGCCAUUGGCUUAGCUGCUGUGAUGUCACAGAAAUGCUGUUCUGCCUUGGGUCAGGCAGCUUAGGAGGACUUGAGACAGAAUUCCAAGUUGCCUCAACAAGUUGCACCAUAUGUUUUGGGUCAGAUCAAGUGUGGGGGGGGGGGUUGGAGCCGUAGUGGGUAUCUUCAAUAACCACACUAUUGUGAUGUUUAAGGCAACUUUACUUGGUUAUAGCAGUGGGGAAACUCACAAAAGUGGGGUUUUCAGGACUAAAAAUUGCACAGGCUGAUAAUAGAGGCAGUCCUUCACCUUAGCUUUUACACCUGCAUUGAAAUUGUCAUGUUCUCAUAGGAAAAGCAUGCCUGCGUUAUCUGAGCUGCACUCCUGAUUUGCAGAGAAGAAUAGGGUCCCUCCUUUAUUUCUGGCUAGCCUAAGGCUGAGUUUUACCUGCAGAAGCAUUAUUGACUCAGCCUGCAUGAGCAGAUUCUCCUACUAAUAUCCUCCUUUUACAGUUUUUACAUAUCUCCCCACGCAGGCUAUCCAUCAAUGCACACACUACAAUUUCUGCUUACAGGCCCUUUUGAAUAAAACAGGAUGCUUGCUGUUGAUGGGUCAGAGGGUGAACGUGGCCUCGAAUGUGGUGGCACCUGCUGAACUCCGAAGGCGAAUGAAAAGCCUCCGGAACUGUUGUCGCUGCCUCUGAAAUCAUUUGCGAGAGGGAGGCACACAAGCCUCUCCAGGGCCACAGAAAGUUUUUGCCCGCUAACAUCCUGGAGGAGAAGCGCAGCUGUGGCAGGAACUGUCACAAAACCAUUGUGAGAAAUCCACUCUUGUGCAAACCAUAAAACAUGCCAUAUAGGAUCCGUAGGGGACUGGAUUGCAAGCGG